AUUAAUUACUAACUCCAAUACACCUUUUAAUUCUAUUUUUAUUGAAAUCUAGCCAUUUUUAAUGGCUUGCCUUUUCCACAACAGUGCUUUGUGCAUUUUGCCAUAGCAGCAGAGGCUGGAGAAAAUAUAAUUAAGAAAUCAAAAAAUAAUGAAUAAACCUCGUCAGUUGCUGGUUUGUUUUGCGAUCCAACCACUUCAAAAUGGCGUUACCAUCGCUUGCUGGGGAGCGACAGCGAACAGUGUCAGCAGAGGAGGAACAGGAAAAGACGUGGGUAGAAUUGACGUUUAACAAAAGAGAAUGUACAAAGUUUGUUCCAGUUGGUUCAUCUUCCCAAGAAUCAAUUUCCAGAUGUGGUUGUGGGCGAUUGUUGUCCAACCAUAACUACCUCAAUGCUCCACGUUAUAUAACGGAAGAAGAGAACUUACCACUCGGUGCAACUGCCAAGACAUUCUCUGCUGCAGGAAAGCAAAAAGCUUUAUUCUAUCAAGAAGAGACAAAUUUCAAUCAACCAGAAUUCAUUCCCAACUUAGUGUUUGAUAAAACCCAAGAGGAUACAAGAUGGAACGUAAUGAAAAACACUUCAUGUUGGCCAACGGAUGCCCAUGGAACACUGGAGUUCCAGGGAACUGGGGAGGGUGAUAAGUCUCAGUACAUCCGAUUGUCACAUGACACAAGUCCUGAUCUGGUUCUACAACUCAUGAUAGAUGAAUGGAAGUUGCAACCACCACAUAUGGUCAUCAGUGUACAUGGCGGCACACAUAACCUACAACUCCAACCAAAGCUUAUGAGGGUAAUAAGCAAUGGUUUAAUAAAAGCUGCCAAGACAACCGGUGCAUGGAUCAUGUCAUUUGGAUUGAACAUGGGCAUUGGUGCAAUUGUAGGAAAUGCAUUAAAGGAACACAAAGCAAAAUCAAGGGGAAAAGUCUUCAGUAUUGGGGUGGCUCCAUGGGGUGUAGUAGACCAUAGAGAAGAUUUAAUUGGAUCUCAGUCCAUCAAGUCAUACCAAACCAUGGCCAACCCACUAAGCAAAGGUUCAGUGUUGCACGCGGCUCACACUCACUUCUUACUUGUGGAUAACGGCACUGAAGGUCGCUACGACACGGAGAUCAGAUUUCGGCGCCAACUUGAGAAAAAACUUUCCCAACAUCGCAUCAACCCAAGAUCCGGCCACAACUGUUCGAUCGUGUGUCUUGUGUUGGAGGGAGGUAAGAACACGAUAAAUGUUGUCCUGGAGAGCGUGAAGCAGAAUCCUCCGAUCCCUGUGAUUGUGUGCGAUGGAAGUGGAAGAGCUGCGGACCUCAUCGCGUUUGCUCAUCAGUAUGCUGAUGAUGACGGGUUUAUGAUUGAAGAGUUGCGACUUCAACUGCUUGUCCUCAUUGAAGAUACGUUCAAAUGCAGGCGUGACCAAGCUCAAUAUAUCUUUAUAUCUAUUAUGGAGUGCAUUAAGAAAAAAGACCUUAUAACCAUAUUCAGGAUGGGCCAGGGGUCCAACCAGGAUGAUAUAGACAUUGCAAUACUCACUGCCACGUUAAAAGCUCAGUGUAAAUCAGCACCAGACAUGCUUAACCUUGCACUGGCAUGGAAUCGUAUUGACAUAGCUACAAGCCAAAUAUUUGUAUAUGGAAGACAGUGGCCGGUGUUGUCAUUGGAGCAAGCUAUGAUGGAUGCUUUGAUUGCUGAUCGCGUGGAGUUCGUUAAACUACUUAUGGAAAAUGGUGUCAGCAUGCAUAAGUUUCUUACUGUGCAUAGACUUGAAGAACUUUACAAUGCGACCCCCUUACCGGUAAAUGUUGUUUACCUAAUGAACGACGUUAAAAAGAAUAUUCCACCUGGUUAUCGAUUCACUCUAACUGACAUUGGAUUGGUUAUUGAGCUACUUAUGGGAGGUGCUUAUAGAUGUAGCUACACAAGAAAACGUUUUCGACUUUACUAUGCUUCGAAAAACAAGCCAGCAACAGGCAUGAAGAAACAGCUUAGUUUUCGCAUCGGUUUGCCCAACAUUGGUCAAAUGACAAGUUCUUCAACCAGAACUGAUCUUUUUAACAAUCCAACGACCGACGCGAUGACCCACGACAGUAAAUCGAAUUCAGCAUCCCCCAACCUGCCCAAGGAUUUUCCCUACCCAUUCAAUGAACUAUUAAUGUGGGCCCUGAUUAUGAAACGCCAGAAAAUGGCCUUGUUUAUGUGGCAACAGGGAGAAGAAGCAAUUGCAAAAGCAUUAGUUGCAUGCAAGUUAUACAAAGCCAUGGCUAAGGAAGCUGCAGAUGAUGAUUUAGAUGUGGAGGAAUCAGACCAACUUAAAGCUUAUUCAAAAGAAUUUCAAGACCUAGCUAUCCAACUGCUUGAGGUUUGCUACCAUGCAGAUGAUGAUGCUACACAACAUAUUCUAACAUACGAGUUGAAACAGUGGAGCAGACACACAUGUCUUAGCUUGGCAGUGGCAGCCAAACACAGGGACUUCAUUGCCCAUCCUUGUGUGCAACUUCUGCUUAAUGAUUUGUGGAUGGGUGGUUUGUCUAUGAGGAAAAACUCGAGCUUAAAAGUGAUCCUUGGCAUCCUCCUGCCUCCCACCAUCCUUAUGUUGGAGUUCAAGACACACGAGGAGCUUCAGUUGAUGCCUCAGACAGUGGCUGAACAUCUCCAUGAAGUUUCAAGCGUGUCUUCUUCCGUGGAAGGUUCCAGUUCAAGCUCUAGCUCAGUUUCAAGCUCCAGUUCAUCAUCAAGUGGUAGAAGUGUGACGUCAGGUGCACUGCCGAAACCUGACAUUCUGGGUCGUGACAUCUCGGAGCAGAGAGGAGAGGAUGCUUACGUGAUCCUCACGAUGCGGAGGAAACAGAUCGGUUUCCGGAAGAAAGUAUACGAGUUUUAUAACGCUCCCAUCACAAAGUUCUGGAUGCACACGAUGCUUUAUACAGUCAUUCUAUCUCUCUUUACCUUUGUUGUGCUUGUUCGACUGGAAAAUUUGCCGUCAAUAUAUGAAUGGAUAGUAAUCUCACAUGCUAUCACUGUGACCAUUGAAAAAGUGCGUGAAAUCGUGGUUUCAGAGCCCAGUGGUACAAAACAAAAGGUGAAAAUUUGGUGCGGAAAGUUCUGGAACCUUGUGGAGGUUCUUACCCUCAGUAUGUUCUUUAUUGGGCUGGGUUUGCGACUUUCAAACGAUCCCUAUCUACUAAAAGUUGGACGUGCGAUCUACUGUGCCAAUAUCGUACUUUGGUAUUCUCAUUUGCUUAAUAUUUUCAGUGUAAGUAAAUACCUCGGACCAUACGUAACAUUGAUGGGGAAAAUGAUGGUGGAUCUUGGAACUUUUAUCAUCCUGCUUGCUGUUGUGCUUGCAAGCUUUGGGGUCGCACGUCAGGCGGUUCUUCACCCUAAUGAAACAGCAAAGUGGAGUUUAUUGAAGGACGUUGCAUUGGAACCUUACUUUAUGUUGUAUGGAGAAGUUUACGCUGGAACUAUUGACCCUUGCAGUGCAGAUAACUACGAUAAUUUAUGUUCUGUUGGUUCGUGGAUAGCUCCAACUUUCAUGACCAUCUACCUCCUUGUAGCAAACAUACUUCUACUUAAUCUACUUAUUGCUGUUUUCAACAAUACGUUUGCUCGAGUAAAAACAUAUUCUGAUCGAAUCUGGAAGUUUCAACGUUACCUUAUGAUCGUUGAGUACGAGCUUCGUCCCGUCCUCCCCCCUCCUCUCAUUCUUAUCAGUUACAUCUCCAUGAUCAUCGGAAGAAUUUUUAAGAAGAGGAAGAGCAGCUCCUCUGACAGAGGACUCAAACUUUUCCUCGAUGAUGACGAUGUUGAAAAACUUCACGAUUUUGAGGAAGAUUGUGUGGAUGAAUUCUUUCGAUCAAGAAACCAAAACAAUCCAACUGAGGCUGUCAAUAAAAACUAUGACAGAGACAGGUUGACUAGACUGUUGGAUUCUGUUGAGGAAAUGAGAGAAAACGAAUCCAAUUUAUUGAAUCAUCUCUCAGUUAUUCAUGAAAGACUUGCCUACCUUGAAGAUAUUAAUAUUAAGCUGCUAGAUGAAUUAACACAAGAUAAACUUAAAGUUGCUGUUGAAGAAAAUCAAUCCACACUUGAAGAAAAGCUACAUAGUGUAUCGGAGCGUAGAAUGAUCCGACAGCGAAGUCGAGUGAGAAACGAUUCGGAGAUGAGUUCUGUAAGUGAGUGGCUUGCCCCUCCCUUCAUCAGGAUGAGGAACAAAAGUAGUGACAAAAGUAAACCAGCUACACUUCAACCACUUACCAACAAUAACCUUGUGAGAAGAACCAACUCUAUGGGUGGAAUUAACCACAGUAAUGAGAUGUUGAAUCAGAAAAAUCCAGCUUUUAACCAAAUAAAUGAUGCAUGGGAUGAAACGAAGUCGUCCUCGUGCCAGGACAUUAUGAUUCGUGGAAAUUUGAAACCAAGUUCUUCGGAAAGAAAUGCCCCGCAAAAUCAGAGUGUUUUCCAAAGCAAUGAGGUAGCAUCCAACCCAGCCAUCAUUGUGGAGAAAUAUCCCGUGUAUUCUGAUAAUGAAGAUCGUGCAUGGUUUGAUCAAACCAGCUACCCAACCUCUAAUCAUGUGAAUCACGAGAACAAUGACUUUAGUUUCGCACCAGCGAACACGACACCAAACAUAAUUGAGGCCGCAUCAACCUCUGCUAAUGUUGAAGAAAUUUCGAAAAGUGGUAAGCGUCGUUAUUCCAUGACCCCCACCAUUACAAUCUCCACCCCUGGUGGUAGACCUGUGUAUAAAAGUAUCACAGAUAAUAUUGACACUUCACGAUGGCACGAGAUGCACGCCCCUCAUGUACCUUCAACACCUUUUGAUGGUUGGUGGAAUGGGAAGGCACCUGACUUUGAUUCAAGACAGGCCAUCAAAUAUAACGACCAGAUUUCACUCAGUGAUUGGGAAGAAGAAAAAAGUCUUUUACAAACAAAGAGAAGGCAUAAGAAGAAAUCUCCUGGCAAGCAUAGAAAGAAGACGCAUAUGAAACACAAGCGAAGUUUAAGCGCGCUUAAUGAGAGCAUAUCAUCACAUGUUAACUUAAACAACAACUCUAAUGACCACUUGAGUGCAAGUUUGGUCCAGUUAAGAGAUUCCAACUCACUUUCAUCAUUAACUUCAGAUCACAAUAAUAUUACUACUGUCAUACAUAGUGACUAGAAAAAGUCUUCUUCCCAAAAAAAUACAUAAUCCAAAAUCACUUAACUUUUAAUGGAAUAUUUAUUUAUAAAGCUAUCUUUGGGAGUUUUCCUAUUACUUUUGCAUGACAUUUAAAAUUUGCUUCCAUGUAUUAUUGUAUGCAAUCUUUUAAACACAUCUGCUAUUAAACUGUGUUUGUAUCUUUUAGUUGGUGUCUUAGAAAAUGAACUGCUCGAAUUGUUUUAUUUAUUUCUACAUGUGUUGCACCUUUUUGCUUUGCUGCUUUUCCUAUCUUGGUGAAUACACAAUUAAAGAAUAAACCUUAACACUGUUUAA